GAAGGACUAAUUUAGCGCUACGUCACAGCACGGUUUCGCGCUGCGGGGAGGGGUUUUUUCAACGCCUUCUUCGAUGUAUUUUCUUUCUUCUCUUUUACAGAAUUGUGAAUAAAGUUGUGCACUUACAUUUUUGCGCCGGGUGAAUAAGCCAAUAUAGGCGCAUCGGGCGAGAAAUAUAUGAUUCAUUGCAGUGUUGCCGAAAAAUAGUCAUCUAACGGACAACAUGAAUGCGCAAAACAUUUGUGUAGGAAAACAGUAAGAAAUGCAGAGGAAUUUAAACAUUUUUUAAAAAGUUUUCCGUAUAGUUUUAGCAUCCCUGAGGCGUUACUAAUUAAUAAACUGGAGAUGGUGACCUGUAUCACGGCGCAAACAAAAUAGCUUAGCUGAGGAACUACAAUAUUCAUGCCCAACACGUGGUUUAGGACCUUCGUAACGUGGCGACAAACAAAUUCUGCAUUGUUUUCAACAUUUUGUUUUCUUUCAAUCAAAGCAAUCCGGGUGAUUCACCAAAAAGAAGAAAGGAACAGCUGAUCCUCACAUCGAACUCAACAAGUCGUCCUGAUACCCAUUGUGCAGGAAUUCAAUAUACGUAUCACCUUGUCGCAUACGAUAAAUAUAUCGUCACUAUUAGCCACCCCCCCCCCCCCCCCCCCCUCUUCUGCCCUGUGCUAGUGUGAAUCUUCUCCCGGUCCCGAUAAUUAGCUGGCCCCGUUGCUGUGUGUAUUUCGAUCGAACAGCGAUCGCGAUGCUCUUAAUUGUGACGUCCUACACACACAGUGGCUCUCACAUCCGCGUGCUAAAACAUGAAGCAGCCGGGCGACGACAAAAUGGACACACUAUUUGCACUCAUAUAUAUAGACCUGCCCGAACACGCCGGCCAACGGUGUCAUUCGCAGGUGAACAUCCGCCGCAGAAAGUUGAGCAAGAAACGAGAUCCGACACACAGCAAUGGUUGUUACGAAAAAAGCGACGGGUUGGCAGAAGUUGGCCGUUACCGUGUGGUGUGCGGCGGUGGUGGUGUGCUGUGUCGUGGCUGGCCCACUUCCAGCGGAACACCCGAAGGAUCAUUCCGAGUCCUCCGGCUCCUCGUCCGAGGAGAAAGAUCAAGGCUACCCGCUCAAUUCGCUGUACAGCCCGCUCGAGUACGGUGCGACGGUGGAGAGUGACGAGGCGACACUCAUCGGUGGCAACAGCACCCAGAACACUACCAAGGAGUUGUACGUGAUCAAAGCGGUGGUGUACGAAAUUGGAAUUCUAGCCGACGUGCCCGAGAACGAAACGCUCGAAGGAGAUGAACCAAUCACCCACCAGCAGGUCGAUCUGUCCUUCUUCAGCCACGGCGGUAACGAUACGCACCUCGAUCUGGGCGACAUUCCCGUGCCCAUCCAGACGAGCGUGCAGGGGCAGGUGUUCACCGGUAUCGCCCCGGUGCAUGUCGGCACCGUGCCGACCAAGCUGAGCGAUCUGCUGUCCGCCCUGCCGAUCGCCGGCACGGUGGUGAACAUUUCGCAAACCAACAGCUCGUACGUGGAGGUGCACAAGCACAACAUUAGCGAUGCGGCCGUCCUGCUGCAGGGGCAGAACGAUCUGAGCAGCUUACCGUUUGGCAGCUCCGUGAGCGAACCGCUGGUGCCGGCGAGCGUGGACGAGACGGUUGUUGGACUGACGAACAAGGCGAAAACGCCGGAAGCGGAGAACCAUUGAGUGUAGAGUAAAAGGGACAGAAAGGGCAGAUGUGUGUGUUUAGCAUAAGAUUUACCUACUAUUUUGUGUAAAAUAUAUUGCUGUUUUUAAAAUUUGUAA